CAAUUUAUAGCUAGCUUUGUUCACAGGCUGGAUGCAUGAAAACAAUGUCAGCUAACGCUUCUUCUCAUGAUAGGGAAACCAACUUUAGCUAAUAAUAGUAAUCCUGGCUCUUGUUUAUGAGCUUAGUGGGCUAAGAGACCAUGGAGCUAACCGGCUUGAUAGUUAUCUUCAACCGGAACAAGUUUAACGUUAUGUUGUUAUAAUAAAAACCGGAACCGCUUGUUCACAGUUAGAGGACAUUUAGCCGGUUGGGAAUGAGACGUCUGCGUAGCUUGGUCAUUAAUGCCCCUCAAAUAUUCCGCACAAUGUGGCGCGAGGUCUCUCCGUUCAAAUUAAAAACCACAUCUGCUUUGCUGUGCACCUCGUCUAUCCAGGGAGACAGCAUUUGCAAUGGGACGCACAGCAGCAAAAAGGCGUUGCUGUCGGACCCUCAAUUGUUUGAAGCCCAGUUUGACGAGCUGGUGACGGAGCUUUCAGAGAGGGACUUAUCCGACCCGGCGCUGGCUGACGCACUCAGCAGGUUAAGAGAGGUUUUGGUGUACAACUCCCCUGGAGGCAAGAGGAACCGAGGCCUGUCCGUGAUUGGCUCACUGAGGGAGCUACUCCCGCCCACUGAGCUCACACAGGAGACCGUGCAGAGGGCCCUGGUUGUGGGAUGGUGCAUUGAGUUGCUUCAGGCAUUUUUCCUGGUGGCAGAUGAUAUGAUGGAUGGAUCUGUAACUCGGAGAGGACAACCCUGCUGGUACAAAAAGGAUGGGAUUGGUCUGGAAGCCAUCAAUGAUUCGUUUCUCUUGGAAGCGACGAUCUACAGACUUCUGCGCAGACAUUGCCGGGAGCAGCCCUACUACGUCCACUUACUGGAGCUAUUUACUGAGACCUCUUUCCAGACCGAGCUCGGUCAAGCUCUGGACCUCAUGACGGCCCCCCCUGGUCAGAUUGACCUCAGCAGAUUUACAAUGGCAAGAUACAAAGCUAUUGUAAAAUACAAGACGGCCUUUUACUCAUUUUAUCUCCCAGUAGCAGCUUCAAUGUACAUGGCAGGAAUUGAGAGUGAGGAGGAACACAAUAAUGCCAAACACAUCUUACUUGAAAUGGGAGAGUUCUUUCAAAUACAGGAUGACUACUUGGACUGUUACGGAGACCCUGCUGUGACCGGAAAGAUUGGUACUGACAUCCAGGAUAAUAAAUGCAGCUGGCUGGUGGUGACGGCCCUGGAAAUAAUGACUGCCGAACAGAGAGCAGAGCUCGAGGCAUGUUACGCGCAACAUGAUGAUGCCUGUGUGGAGCAGGUCAAAGCUCUGUACAACACCCUGCAAAUGCCAGCUUUGUACCACAAAUAUGAGGAAGAGAGCUACCAGCGGCUACAGAAACUCAUCGCGUGUCACGCUCAAAACCUUCCCCACUCAGUCUUCCUCAACUUUGCUAAGAAAAUAUACAAGAGGAACAAGUGAGAGGACAAACAGUGUCAGAUUUAUGAGCCUGGAUCCAUUUUGGGUUUGUCCAUGACGCACAGAUCAAGUCCUCGCCAUUAUUAAAGAGGGUUCGUCAAGGACAAGGCUGACUCCGAUCAGCAUGACCCGAACAGCUCUUAAAAAUCCUGCAGGCAGUUUCUUAUCGUGGCGGCUGUUUGUAGAUAUCUGGUUGUGACUGUCAUUAAACAGCCUGCCUCUUCUGGUCCAUGCUACCUAUUUAUUGAAUGCAAUGCAUAAUCAACAGUGUGUUGUUUUCUCUAUUGAAGAAACCUGUAGAUUGAAGAAUGUGACUGAAAUGAUUCACAUAUGCUGUAGCAUUCAUAGAAGUGUGCACUGUUGAGUGCAGAGCAGGAUAGAGAAACAUAUCAGAGAGUAUAAAUAGUUGUAAUUGUUUCAAUACAGAUGUAUUAGUUGGUUAGGGACUACAAGUAACAGUACAUUUAUGACAGCAGAUGCACUCUGUCAAAGGGCAUCUUUCUAAUUCCAUAUAUUUUCAUAUUGCUGCUGUAAAAUCUGUACUGAACUGAAUGUUAUAUCUUUAAAUAAAUAAUAAUGUGAAGACUAUA